AUGAAUCCUGUGAUAAUCACUACUACAUUCCCACCCCAUCCUGCGUUAAUCACUACUACAUUUCCACAGUAUUCUGCACUAAUCCCUACUACAUUCUUACAGCAUCCUGCACUAAUCACUACUACAUUUUUACAGCAUCCUGUGUUAAUCACUACUACAUUCCAACCCCAUCCUGCAUUAAUCACUAGUACAUUCCCACAGCAUUCUGCGCUAAUCACUACUACAUUCCUACAGCAUCCUGCGCUAAUCACUACUACAUUCCCACCCCAUCCUGCACUAAUCACUACUACAUUCCCACCUCAUCCUGCGCUAAUCACUUCUACAUUCCUACAGCAUCCUGUGCUAAUCACUACUACAUUCCUACAGCACCCUGUGCUUGUCACUACUAAAUUCCCACAGCAUCCUGCACUAAUCACUACUACAUUCUUACUGCAUCCUGUGCUAAUCACUACUACAUUCCCACCCCAUCCUGCGCUAAUCACUACUACAUUCCCACAGCAUCCUGCGCUAAUCACUACUAAAUUCCCCCAGCAUUCUGCGCUAGUCACUACUAAAUUCCCACAGCAUCCUGCGCUUAUCACUACUACAUCCCUACAGCAUCCUGUGCUAAUCACUACUACAUUCCCUUAGCAUUCUGUGCUAAUCACUACUACAUUCCCAUAGCAUCUUGCGCUAAUCACUACUACAUUCCCACCCCAUCCUGUGCUAAUCACUACUACGUUCCCAUAGCAUCCUGCGCUAAUCACUACUACAUUCCCAUAGCAUACUGCGCUAAUCACUACUACAUUCCCACCCCAUCUUGCGCCAAUCACUACUUCAUUUUCCACCCUAUCCUGCGGUAAUCACUACUACAUGCCCAUAGCAUCCUGCGCUAAUCACUACUACAUUUCCACAGCAUUCUGCGCUACUCACUACUACAUUCCCACAGCAUCCUGUGCUAACCCCUACUACAUUCCCACAGCAUCCUGUGCAACUCACUACUACAUUUCCACAGCAUCCUGUGCUAAUCCCUACUACAUUCCCACAGUAUCCUGUGCAAAUCACUACUACAUUUCCACAGCAUCCUGUGCAAAUCACUACUACAUUCCUACAGCAUCCUGCGCUAAUCACUACUACAUUCCCACAACAUCCUGCACUAAUCACUACUACAUUCCUACAGCAUCCUGUGCUAAUCACUACUACAUUACUAAGUCAUCCUGUGCUAAUCACUACUACAUUCCCACCCCAUCCUAUGCUAAUCACUACUACAUUCUUAUUGCAUCCUGUGCUAAUCACUGCUACAUUCCCACAGCAUACAGCGGUAAACACUACUACAUUCCCACCCCAUCCUGCGCUAAUCACUAAUACAUUCUUACUGCAUCCUGCGCUAAUCACUACUACAUCCCCACAGCAUCUUGCGCUAAUCACUACUACAUUCCCUUAGCAUCCUGCACUAAUCACUACUACAUUGCCUUAGCAUCCUGCGCUAAUCACUACUACAUUCCCAUAGCAUCCUGCGUUAAUCACUACUACAUUCCCAUAGCAUCCUGCGCUAAUCACUUCUACAUUCCCACCCCAUCCUGCGCUAAUCACUACUACAUUCCCACCCCAUCCUGCGCUAAUCACUACUUCAUUUCCCACCCCAUCCUGCGGUUAUCACUAAUACAUGCCCAUAGCAUCCUCCGCUAAUCACUACUACAUUUCCACAGUAUUCUGCGCUACUCACUACUACAUUCCCACAGCAUCCUGCACUAAUCACUACUACAUUCCCACAGCAUACUGUGCUAAUCCCUACUACAUCCCCACAGUAUCAUGUGCAAAUCACUACUACAUUCUACACUAAUUCCUGAGCUACUUACUAACACAUUUCCACAAUAAUCUGAACUAACUCCUGCCGUGCCCUUCUGUGCUAUUCACGGUUAGCACUGUACCCUGUGCUAAUCACUACUGCAUUCCCCCCACAUCCUGUACUAACCAUUCCAUGCACUGUAUCCUAUGCAAAUUACACUUUAAUUCCCACCACAUUCUACACUGCACCUUUUGCUAAUCACUACUCCAUCCCCGCCGCACUCUGUACGAUCACCUCCCUUUAGUGAAUUAAGCUAAUCACUGCUACAUCCCUGCAGCAUUCUGCAAUGCCAAUUGCUCCUCGUGUCUCUGUCCCACUUGCUUAUUGCACUGUUUUGUACGCCAGUUUCUACCAGCACAGUAUCGUAAGGCUUAAAUUAACUCUCAACCGUGAAGCUUGUUCAAUCCUUAGGGUCACAGACAAAAAAUUAAAGGCAAUCUCUACUCAUUCUUCUGAGAUCAAUAAAAUAUGUACCAUUAAGUUUGGUAAUAGCAACAUCCACUUCAAUAGUCUUUCAUCCUUUUAAUGAAAGUUAAAUGGUCAGGACUAUCUAAUGCUUUCCUACACACAGUACUCACUUUGGUAAUCAGUGUAUGCACACACAGCACCUUAAUGAAGCCAACCCUACAUGCGCAUUACACAAACAUCUUCUACUCAAUCUCUACAUAUGGAGUAUCCUGCACUGUACGCCUUCUUUAAUCACACAUACACUGCUAACAACACUGAUACACUUACAUGGCACCCUGUGCAAAGGAGAGUUUGAUUUGACUGCCAUCUGCAGCCACACAAUACCCAGUACUAAUCACACAUACACUAAUACCCUGAGCACCCACAAAACACCCAGUACUAAUCACACAUACACCCAGUACUAAUCACACAUGGAACUGUAUUAAUUACACUUACCAUCACUAAGUACCAAAACAGUGCCUUGUGCCAAUUACACACAAUUACCACCCCUCAGCAUUCAUGCUGUGCCCCGUACAAUUACACAUACACUUACCACCUAUUCAGUACUCCAGAGAGUCCUGUACUCUGAAUAGUUACACUUCUACUUGCCACCCCUCAGCACCCUUUACAAAAUAAAUAUAAACGUAGCACCCUCAGCACCCUGUCCAAACUAAAUAUACACUUACCACCACUCAGCACCCAGUACCAAUUAAACAUACUCUUACCACCACUCAGCAGCCAGUACCAAUUAAGCAUACACUUACCACCACUCAGCACCCUGUACCAAUUAAACAUACAAUUACUCAGCACCCUGUACCAAUUAAACAUACACUUACAAUUACUCAGCACCCUGUACCAAUUAAACAUACACUUAAUUACUCAGCACCCUGCACCAAUUAAACAUAGACUUACCACCACUCAGCACCAAUUAAACAUAGACUUACCACCACUCAGCACCCUGUACCAAUUAAACAUACACUUACAACUACUCAGCACCCUGCACCAAUUAAACAUAGACUUACCACCACUCAGCACUCUGUUCCAAUUAAAUUUAGACUUACCACCACCCAGCACUCUGAACCAAUUAAACAUAGACUUACCACCACUCAGCACCCUGUACCAAUUAAACAUAGACUUACCACCACUCAGUACCCUGUACCAAUUAAACAUACACUUACCACCACUCAGCACCCUGUACCAAUUAAACAUACACUUACCACCACUCAGCACCCUGUACCAAUUAAACAUACACUUACCACCACUCAGCACCCUGUACCAAUUAAACAUACACUUACCACCACUCAGCAUCCUGUACCAAUUAAACAUAGACUUACCACCACUCAGCACCCUGUACCAAUUAAACAUAGACUUACCACCACUCAGCACCCUGUACCAAUUAAACAUACACUUACCACCACUCAGCACCCUGUACCAAUUAAACAUACACUUACCACCACUCAGCACCCUGUACCAAUUAAACAUAGACUUACCACCACUCAGCACCCUGUACCAAUUAAACAUACACUUACCACCACUCAGCACCCUGUACCAAUUAAACAUACUCUUACCACCCCUCUGCACCUUAAAUUGUCCUGUACUCUGUAG